GAAGUAGGUAAUUUAAUUGUGAUUUCACGGGGCAGGUUUUAAGAUUUCAGAAUUCACCAUUCAUUUAGAUAGGACUUGGUCUUGGAUGCCCGAAAUAGCUGCCCGAAAUAGCUGCCCAGAAUAGCUGCCCAGAGGCAUGGCAAAUAUGGCCACCAAGUGAACAGACUUUAUUUGAAAGGGACUUUGGUUGAGCUAAUGUUACACAGAAAGCAAGAAUGAUAUGCAUCCUGAAAAAAAACUCUUUAAACUAAGACUGUUCAAAGCAAAUCAAUUUCAGCACUGAUAGCACAAAAACUUUAAAACGUGCUUCUUGAAUGUUCCUCACAGAAUGGACUGGAAUGAAGACAACGUCAGCUCAUGGUUACAGGACAUUGGGAUUAAACCAGAGCACAUACAGAAACUUAAGGCAGAAGAGGUAACAGGACCUGUUCUUCUAAAUAUUAAUGAAUCAUUCUUAAAAAAACUUGGUCUGGGAGGUGGCCAAAUUCAGCUUUUGCUGUGUAAAAGAGAUGAACUGUUACCAGAGAAGUCAAAAACCAUUAAAAAGAAAGGAGAAAACAGAGAAGAAGCAAAACAUGAAGUUGUGCCUUCCAAUGACGUCACAAGUCCUGAACAACCCUUAUUAUCAAGUGAUUUGAAGUAUUUAACUGAAACAUCUGUGUCUUUGCCACAGAGUAGGUAUCGGAAAUUUAAUGAUAAGGAUGAACACUUCACUUACAUUAAACAUGCCAUACUCCCACCAGAGACAGGAAUAGACAAUCUGGUCACUCCAUGCCAUGAGUACAAAUCACUCGAAAAUGCCUGUAAAUUAGAACCAAGAAAGCUAAAGAUCAAAUUUGCUAAUGAAGUCAUUCGGUUUGCAUGUGCAUGCAUGAAUAUGCGUGCAAAUGGCACGAUCCACUUUGGAGUCAUGGACAAGAUAAAAACAUCAUACAAACAUGGAGAGAUCAUUGGAAUUCCUAUUGAAGACAAAGAGAUCUUUGAAGAAGCUCUAGAGUACAUUGAAAAUUGUUUUCCAACACAUCAUUCUGAUGCCAGAAAGUGUAUCAAGACCCCAAAAUUCAUCCCAGUAAUUGACAAAGACCGUCAGACCCAAAACUGGAUUGUGGAAGUGGAUGUAGUUCCCAUGGUGAACAUUGUGAGGGAUAAACUGUAUGGUGCCAGAAUACCAAAGUUCAACGAGAAAACCAAUAAGGUUGAAUAUGAGCACAAAGCUUAUUAUAAAAGAGUUGGACCAAAUACACCAUUCAUUACUGAGGAUGAACUUGUUGGUUUCAUUCAAGCUCUCAAAGACCUUGACCAAAAGAGAGAACAAGAAGAAAACAACCAGAAUCAGGCACAGGCUCAUUUUAAAGAGGACUUGGAAAGAAAACUCUUGGUUCUUCUGACACGUGGGAAGAAAUACAUGGACAAUACAUUGCGUUACAUUCUUGUGUCAAACAGAUUUGAUCAAGAAAACCUGCAAAACAUCAAGUUCCUUACCCAAAUGAAUAUAUUUUGUGUAUUUGAUUAUGACCCUGACUCCAAAUCAUCUGGACUUUGUCACAAUUACAAAGAGUGCCAUGCUGUAAACCUGCACUUCCUGCGAGAUUAUGAUCAUAGGGAGAACACAGUUGACUUAAUCAAGAAGUUACAGCUCUUUGACAGAACAAGCUGGAUUUUCUGCAACGGUCGAAGUGAUUACAGUGGAGGUGAGAGUCCUUGUGAUGAAAAAACCUGGAUCAAAACCAAGAAGAAACUGUUGAAAAGAGCUGUAUGUGUUAUCUGUAAUGAAAUUCUUCCCAAAGGAUCAUUUGUGGUGAUUUUCAUUCUCACAUCUGACGUUGAACAACCCCUCGUUGACACCUUCCAUGAAUUCUAUGCAGAAAUGAGCGGCCAUGAGGACAUUAUCAUCAUUUCAGAGUCAAGGGAAAAUUAUAAGAUAUGGUCAAGCCUUGCCCAAGUGUCUUGUUCACUAGACGUUCUUGAACAAAUCAGUGUUGUUGGUAUGCCAAUGAGUCAUAUAGAUGCUACAAUUCAAGUCCAUCUGCUUACCAGUCAUCAGGAUGGGUGUCUACCUGUGUCAAACAAUGGUGUAUGCUUUAUAAAGUCUGUGGAUAUAGACCGUAUUAACUCCUUAGAAGUAGUCUGUGUUGACCAGUGUGACGAAACAAAUGUGAAUGUCAUGGGGCAAGAGCAAAUACAGAAUAUUGAACAAUACUUCUAUCAGGGAGGAAAAAUUGAUUGGGUAAAUUUGUGGCUGGCUGACAGAAAUGAGUGUGGGGAGGUCAUCAAACGUGAUGCAUAUGCAGAAAUUAACAAAAUGUUGGAAGACCUUGAGCGGAGUGACUCAUUAAAACGGUCCAUUGAAAACAUCAACAUAUAUCAUGAACCUGGUAGUGGAGGAAGCACAGUGGCUUGACAGAUCCUCUGGAACUGGAGGAAAAAAAUGCGAUGUGCUGUUGUAAAGCAAUCUUACCAGGCCAUGGCUGUCUGUGAACAUGCCAUUCAGCUUUGGAAUUACAAGGAAAUUGACAACAAUGCCUGUUUACCUGUGCUUCUGCUGCUAGAGGAUUGCAAUGCAGACUAUCAGGGUGACCUCAGACGAGAAUUAAGCAAUGCAGUCACAACAAUGAAAAUAAGUCCUUCAAAACUGUGCUUCAUCAUUCUUUGUUGUAAAAGGUCUCUUGAUCCAGAAAGGAUGUGCACAGCGUUGCCGUUACGCACAGUUGGAGUUACACACAAACUAUCGGCAGCAGAAAAGAAGCUCUUCUCAAAGAAAGCAGGGAGUCUCAAGCUGAAGUUUGAACCAGAGUUUAUACUUACUUUUGUGCUUAUGAGUGAAGAGUUUGUACAGUCUUACAUCACAGACUUUGUUGAAAACCUGAUGAAGGAAAUUGAUCAUUCAUCUCUUCAGACACAGUUGAUUAAAUUUGUAGCACUACUGAACAGCCACAUUGAGAAUUCAUACCUGUCUGUAUCCCACUGUGAGGCAUUCCUAGGUUUACGAGUCCACUUGGACAAAUUUGAUAAAAUGGCCAAACUGCCAAAAUCCACAUGGAUUGAUGAAGUUCGACACCAGACAUUCGAAAAUUCCUUAAGUGAGCAGGCUAGGUAUUUUUUUAUACAGCUAAAAUCUAGUGAGACUCAUAUCUCCUCUGUGAGAAUAAUUCAUCAUUUGAUAGCUAAGGAGAUCCUGAAGCAGCUCUCCAGUUAUCAGAGUCAAAGUGAAAUAGCAAUGAGUCUGCUUCAGGACAAAGUGCUGUUUGACCACAGAUUUGGAAGAGAUGACUUUCGAAGGUUUGUCAGAGAUCUGUUCAUCAAACGCACUAAAAAAAUCAAGGGAGAUUCAAAUGACAGCUGGUUUUCUCCCUUAAUAGAGCAUGUUAGGGAGGCAGAAGAUGUGGAGAAAGCCAUUGAGCUUUUAAAUGUAGCUUACACCCGUUUUGAUGAGGAUGCAUUUGUUGCUCAACAGCUUGCACGGCUGCUAAAUGAAAACAAAAAUUUUGAGGAAGCCGAGAUUUGGGCUAAAAGAGCCAAAUCUGAUCUUCCACAGCAUAUAUACAUACUUGACACACUGGGACAAGUAUACAAAAAAUGGUUCUACAGUAAACAUGAUGCCAUAUGUAAGAAAAAUGCUAAUAUUCAACCAGAGGACAUCACUGAUAUCAUUAAUACUGCUCUUGAAUCACUGAAUCACUGCUUUUAGAGAAUCUGAAAAAUGCCCCCAGUCACAGAUGGUCUGCUUGAAUAAUUCUUAUUUUGGGGAAGUUGAUAUUGGAUGCCGAUUGCUUGAGCUCCUGUCAAAUGUAGACAUUUUUUCUACCAAAGAGGGAAAGAGGGAGUUGAUGGAUUACCUGCUCACUGACUACAUACCAGAAGAAGUACAGAAACCUUGGCAAAGGUUUCAUGGCCUUUUAAAAGGAAUGAAAAACAGCAUCAGAUUUGCUCUGGAAUGUAUUUCUGACGAUCUUGCUCACUUUCAGAAUUUCAGUUCUGAGGAAGAGGAGGAGUUGGCUGAAGGAGAGCCUGAAACGGUCAAUAAUCCAAGAAGAUGGCUCCUCAGGAAAAGUGCUGUGUAUGCCAAGUUAUUCUUUCAUGACAUUCAGGAGGAUGAGUCUUCUGAUGCAAACAUAGUUUCCCCAUUUAUGAGACAAAUGAAAAUUUUCCAACUUGGAGGAGGCAAUUUUACAACAAUUCUUUACCUUCUCUCUAAUAACAAUAAGCGAAGAGCUGCAGCAAAGCUUGAGGAAAUAAUUAACCUGUUUCCAGCUGACCUGAACAAGGAUCUCGAACAGACAGAGCUCAUAAACUUCAUCUUCUGUCAGAUAGCACUCUCUUGUGCUUCACCUGGCUCUGGAAAGCUUCUUUCCAUUGAAGAACUUCAAAAUCUCAGCAGACGGUUUUGCAGUGUAAAGAAAACUGUCUUACCAGAAACUGCAUACCUGCUCCUAUCACUCUUAUUUUGGCCAGAGGACUCUAUGGGCAAAGAGCCCACCAAUACAAGAAGUGACGUUGUCAUGAAUGCAAUAAAAGCACUUCAAAAAUACACUGAGAUGAAAUCUGCUUCCUCGAGAAAAGGCAGGAUUUUCACCCACUUCUUCCUUGGAAAAGCAAGAGGUCUCAAUAAAAUAGUGCACAAGACCACAAUUGAAAAAUUCUGCAAGGGAACCCUCAGUGAGAGACGCCUCAAAUGGCAAGGCGGUGAAGUGUGGACAAACCCAGACGUUGUAAAAGAGCUUAAACGAGUUACUGGAUACACUGAAAAUGGAAAUCUGUUUGUUCGGGUAUCCGAUCAAAGCAACAUAAGAGUCAUUCCACUUUUUUCUGCCUCCUUGCCAAAUUCAAAUGAGAAUGUGACUUUCUACCUAGGAUUUUCUCUUCAUGGAGUGGUAGCUUUUGACAUCAAGGUGGCAGAGUGAAACCAUGUUUGAAACCACAAUUGAGAGUUUCUCAAAAGAUGAGUUUUUAAAUUUAUUCAAACAUACCAAUCAAAUGAUAAAAAUGAUCACUAUAAUUAAGCUGCAUGAUAUGAAUUAUGUGUAUUAAAUAAUGUGCAUCUGAACCGAUGUUUUUUUUUUUACACUAGUGUCCAGUGCUGGGGUCGAUGCAUUACAAGUAACGCAGUUACGUAAUCAGAUUACUUUUUUCAAGUAACUAGUAAAGUAAUAAGUAAUGCCAGUUACUUUCUUCCCAGUUAUUGAUUGAAAGCAGUCCUGGCCUCAUGUUGAGAGAAAUCGGGAGUAAGAUAUCCUUUAACUCUAGAAUAAAUGUGAACAUGCAUUCAUUA